AUGUACGAGACACUUGCAGCAAACUGGCCCUCUGUAAUGCAAAUAGUUCGGCUUAUAUCUCAGGACCACAUGAAUAACAAACAAUAUGUUGGAAAGGCAGAUUUCCUAGUUUUCCGGGCAAUGAACUCUCAUGGGUUUCUUGGUCAGCUGCAGGAAAAGAAGCUGUGUGCAGUUAUUCAAUUACCAUCACAGACGUUGCUACUAUCUGUUUCUGACAAAGCCUUCCGCUUGAUUGGGAUGCUUUUUCCUGGGCCUUGA